CGGAAGUGUACAUGAGAGAGGGGGCGGUGGAAAAAGAACUCGAUCAAGAUGGCGGAUGAGAAGCAGGAAUCAUCACAGGGAGAGGUGGAGGGAGUGAACUGCCUUGCAUAUGACGAAGCCAUUAUGGCACAGCAGGAUCGUAUUCAGCAAGAGCUGUUUCUUAAAUGAACAAAUGAGGAAAGUUCAUCCAAACAUACCAAUAGCUACCACUAACCCUUUAGUGUCGGACAGACAAGAUCUCAAUGUGCUUCAGGGUGAAUAUGCUGCAGAGGACACCAUCUACCAGCUCAAGAUAAAGGACCUUCACAAAAAGUAUACACACAUUCGUAAGACACGGCCAGAUGGAAAUUGUUUCUACAGAGCUUUUGGCUUUGCACAUUUGGAGUCACUACUGGAUGACAGCAAAGAGCUGCAAAGGUUUAAAGCUGUGGCAGCUAAGAGCAAGCUGGACCUUGUAAACCAGGGCUUUACCGAAUUCACUAUCGAGGACUUUCACAACACUUUCAUGGACCUGAUUGAGCUGUGUGAAAAGCAGCAAUCGCUUGGUGAACUGCUGACCUCCUUCAAUGACCAGUGUGUGUCUGACUACAUCGUGGUUUACCUGAGGCUUCUCACCUCGGGAUACCUGCAGCGGGAGCAUGUGUUCUUUCAGCACUUCAUAGAGGGCGGCCGUUCUGUUAAAGAGUUUUGCCAGCAGGACGUGGAACCCAUGUCGAAAGAGAGCGACCACAUACAUAUCAUUGCCUUAGCCCAGGCACUGAAUGUGCCCAUAUUAGUGGAAUACAUGGACAGAGGAGAGGGUGGAACGGUGAACCAUCAUAUUUUCCCUGAAGGAAGUGAGCCACGCAUCUUCCUGCUCUACCGCCCAGGCCACUAUGACAUCCUAUACAAGUGAUACUCUGUGGUUCCAUUGUGAAGAAAAUCUCAUUUCUACAGCCAAGUUGAGUCAUACACGUGUAUGCAAGGCUAUGCCAUGAUUAAUCACAAUAAAGUUUUCACUCCAGUUCUCCCCACAUUACAAAAUGAAUGAAUUUUUUUUUUUUUUCAGUACAGACAGAACUUCAAACAGACAAUGCAUCAGACAGCAGCAUUAUUAGGGUUGUACAGUAGGUUUUUUUGUGGUUGUAAAUGUUAUCAUCUUGCUUUUAGUGUUUUUCCUUCCUUAUACUGCCUUUCAUGAGUUUUAUUAAAGGGAUUUGCUCCUCACUUCAGCUUAA